AUGGAUCCUGAAGAUUCGACAAGACGACUUGAAUCUUUGAAGAAAGUCAGCAAAGACUCAAUCGAAUUCGUGCAAGAACUAUUGGAGGAAAACAAAAAACUCGGCAAAAAUCUUGCAGACAUGCGGGUGAUUCACAAUAGCAUGGUUGCGACCUGUCGAGAGUAUGAACAGCUACAGUUAAAGUUUAAAGAAGCAGAACGCCUUUUGAGUAACAACCAAUACAUUGUCGUCCUAGUUGACGGUGAUGGAAUGAUCUUUGCAGAAGAGUUGCUAGUUAGAGGGAAAUCCGGCGGGGCGGAGGCUGGGAGGCUGCUUAUCCAAGCUUUAACUGAACUUCUUGUGGCAGAAGGCACGCCGGAGGUACAUGUCAUGGUUUUCGUCAAUAUGUAUAAGCUUGCAAACGUUCUCCAACUUUCUGGUCGAGUUAAAGAGCCCAAGGUUUUUAAAGAUUUCGCUAAAGGAUUUAUCCAAGCCAAAGAACACCUCUAUUUCAUAGACGUCGGGGAUGGAAAAGAGAUGGUAGACAGUCGUAUUAGAGCGGAAUUAAACUUUCAUUUACAGAAUUACAACUGCCAAAAGGUUGUGCUUGGAGCCUCGCAUGAUAAUGGAUACGUCCGAAUCCUAAACAGCAUACAAUCUUCCGCCACACCCGACGAGAGUAAGGUUUGCCUAUUGGAGGGUCCCCCGUUCGCCAGCGAAUUUCAAUCUUUAGAGUUCGAGACACUCAAGUUUUCUCACAUCUUCGAUUCCCGGAAAUUGGAGACUCCCCGUCUGCCCCCAGGGCUGCCGGUCCCAUCCAGGCCUGUAGAUGUACCGAACCCGUACCCACAAAAUCCGGUAUCGUACGCCGGUGCAGUUGUGGCACCGCCGCCCCCAGCAACUGCAUCGAGACCAGCGAACACGGCCCAGGUGGGGCUCGGGAGCAGGAUUAACAUUAUAACUCCGCAGCAAAAGGCAGCAAUGACCAAAAUUAAAAGUUUGCAGCCGCCACCUUGCAACGACCAUUACAUCCUCGGACAGUGCUGGAAAGAGCCAUGCCAUUUUUCACACAAGUAUAAUCUAGCGCAGGUGGAUAUUCAGGCGAUGCAGAGUAGGGUCGGCGCUACCCGGUGUGAAUUCGGCGAGGCAUGCCGGAACGAAAACUGUUAUAGGGGCCACUAUUGCAGCGCAAUUAGGGACGGCAAAUGUGUCAGGCCGAAUUGUCCAUUUUUGGAGAGCGAGCAUCCAGACGGCGCUUAUACGGGACCACCACCGACGAGGUUGUGGCGCUAGUGCUGGUGCGCACUGGAGCGGUUUGGCGGUGGUGUCGGUUGACGGCGGUGGUGGUGUGGUGUGAUGGUGUUUUGAGGUGAUGGCGGCGAGAGAAGGUGUGGGGUGAUGUAGGCAUUUGUCGAGCUUGGGCGCCCCUCCGCCGGCUAGCCGACGUGAGGAAAUUCAUUUCUAUUUCUUUAAAGCCUGUUCUCGUUUUAAAGUUUUAGUUUCUAAAAUCUGAGGAUUUGAUUGGUGA